AUGAGCUGGUACCCCCUGACUCCCAGUCCAAUCAUCUGCCACCUCACACGCAACACACACACUGUACUGAUGAUUUCUCGGAACCUGGCCAUCGAGACUAUCCAACUACUCCUACAAGUGAAAUACGAUGAAAGGGCGAAUCGUCUUGGGCACGCCCAAAUCCUCCGGCCCCUAAAGUUCUGCCUCAAGACGUACUUUACCUUCAACGGAACUAUCUACGAGUCGGUGAAGGGCACACCCAUGGGAUUGCCUAUUUCCGGACUCAUAGCAGAGGCGGUCCUGCAACGGUGGGCGACGCUGGAGUUCCGACACCAUAGACUGAAAUUCUGGGCUCGGGCUGGAGUCAGUUUGCAAUGGCCCCUAAAUAAUGUGAUCUCCAUGGCAUCCCCACUCAGCCGAGAUCAAAACCGCUUGGAACAGGCAUAUGAGUAG